AUGUGCUUUUUAAGACGGCCGGGAGCGCCUGCGAGCUGGAUCUGGUGGAGGAUGCUGCGGCAGGUGCUUCACAGAGGGCUCCAGUCAUUCUGCCACAGGCUGGGCUUGUGCGUGAGUCGGCACCCGGUCUUUUUCCUCACGGUGCCGGCAGUCCUGACCAUCACCUUCGGCCUCAGCGCGCUCAACCGUUUCCAGACCGAGAGCGACCUGGAGCGCCUGGUUGCUCCCAGCCACAGCCUGGCCAAGAUCGAGCGCAGCCUAGCCAGCAGCCUAUUCCCCCUGGACCAGUCCAAAAGCCAGCUCUAUUCGGACUUACACACCCCUGGGAGGUAUGGCAGGGUGAUCCUCCUCUCCUCACUCGGGGACAAUAUUUUGCUCCAGGCUGAGGGGAUCCUGCAGACCCACCGAGCCGUGCUGGAAAUGAAGGUGAACCACAAGGGCUAUAAUUAUACUUUUUCCCAUCUGUGUGUAUUGAGAAAUCAGGAUAAGAAAUGCGUGCUGGAUGAUAUUAUUUCAGUGCUAGAGGAUCUCAGGCAGGCUGCCGUCUCCAAUAAGACAACAGCCAGGGUGCAAGUAAGGUAUCCCAACACUAAAUUAAAGGAUGGGAGGAACAGUUUUAUUGGACACCAGCUGGGCGGGGUAGUGGAAGUACCAAACAGCAAAGAUCAGCGGGUCAAGUCAGCCAGAGCCAUUCAAAUCACCUACUACCUCCAGACCUAUGGUUCUGCCACUCAAGACCUCAUAGGGGAGAAGUGGGAGAAUGAGUUCUGUAAGCUUAUGAGGAAACUCCAGGAUGAGCACCAAGACCUUCAGCUGUACUCUCUGGCAUCUUUUAGCCUCUGGAGAGACUUUCAUAAGACCAGCAUCCUGGCCAGAAGCAAGGUCCUGGUGAGCCUCGUGCUGAUCCUGACCACGGCCACCCUGUCCAGCUCCAUGAAGGACUGCUUGCGCAGUAAGCCCUUCCUGGGCCUCCUGGGGGUGCUCACGGUAUGCAUUUCCCUCGCCACUGCAGCUGGGAUCUUCUUCGUCACAGACGGGAAAUACAACUCCACCCUGCUGGGAAUCCCUUUCUUCGCCAUGGGUCAUGGAACUAAAGGAGUAUUUGAACUUCUUUCUGGAUGGCGGAGAACCAAAGAGAAUUUACCCUUCAAAGACAGGGUAGCGGACGCCUAUUCUGAUGUGAUGGUCACCUACACCAUGACCAGCUCCCUCUACUUCAUCACGUUUGGUAUGGGUGCCAGCCCCUUCACAAACAUAGAGGCAGUGAAGAUCUUCUGUCAGAAUAUGUGUGUCUCUAUUCUACUGAACUACUUCUACAUUUUCUCUUUCUUUGGCUCUUGCUUGGUCUUUGCUGGACAACUAGAGCAAAAUCGAUACCACAGCAUCUUUUGCUGUAAGAUCCCUUCAGCAGAAUACCUGGACCGCAAACCUGUGUGGUUCCAGACAGUAAUGAGUGAUGGGCACCAACAGACAUCCCAUCAUGAGACACACCCCUACCAGCACCAUUUCUUUCAGCACUUCCUCCGAGAACAUUACAAUGAGUGGAUUACCAAUAUCUACGUGAAGCCAUUUGUGGUCAUCCUGUAUCUCAUUUAUGUCUCCUUCUCCUUUAUGGGGUGCUUGCAGAUCAGGGACGGAGAUAGCAUCAUCAACCUACUAGCCAGUGAUUCCCCAAGUGUUUCCUACGCCAUGGUUCAGCAAAGAUAUUUCAGCAACUAUAGUCCCGUAAUAGGAUUCUAUGUUUAUGAGCCCCUUGAGUACUGGAACAGCAGUGUCCAGGAGGACCUGCGGAGGCUCUGUAGUGGGUUCACCACAGUUUCCUGGGUGGAACAGUACUAUCAGUUCCUGAAAGUCAGCAACAUCAGUGCCAAUAACAAGACUGACUUCAUCAGUGUCCUACAAAGCUCGUUUUUAAAAAAGCCAGAAUUCCAACACUUUCGGAAUGAUAUCAUUUUCUCUAAGGCAGGGGAUGAAAGCAACAUCAUCGCUUCUCGCUUGUAUCUGGUGGCCAGGACUAACAGGGACAACCAGGAGGAAGUCAUAGAAGUCCUGGAGAAGCUGAGGCCCUUGUCUCUUUCCAAGAGCAUCAGGUUCAUUGUGUUUAACCCUUCCUUUGUUUUCACAGACCAGUACAGUUUGGCAGUCACCGUGCCUGCUCUGAUAGCAGGCUUUGGGGUUCUCCUGGUGUUAAUCCUGACUUUCGUCCUCGUGAUCCACCCUCUGGGAAACUUCUGGCUCAUUCUUAGUGUCACCUCAAUUGAGCUGGGCGUUCUGGGCUUAAUGACCCUGUGGAAUGUCGUCAUGGACUGCAUUUCUAUCCUGUGCCUUAUCUACACUUUAAAUUUUGCCAUUGACCACUGUGCACCACUGCUUUACACGUUUGUACUAGCAACUGAGCACACCAGAACACAAUGUAUAAAGCGCUCCCUGCAAGAGCAUGGGACAGCCAUUUUGCAAAACAUUACUUCCUUUCUUAUUGGGUUGCUCCCCCUCCUCUUUGUGCCUUCAAACCUGACCUUCACACUGUUCAAAUGCUUGCUGCUGACCGGGGGUUGCACGUUUCUGCACUGUUUUGUUAUCUUACCCGUGAUCCUAACCUUUUUUCCCCCUUCCAAAAAGCACCACAAGAAAAAGAAACGUGCCAAACGAAAGGAGAGAGAGGAAAUUGAAUGCAUAGAAAUUCAAGAGAACCCUGAUCAUGUCACCACAGUUUGA